AUGCCAUGCUUCAAGGGUCUUGCCGUUAGUAUACACACCCCGGACGGCCCUCUCCCCGAGCACUCGAUCCAACGCCAGUCCCGGGUCUCUCGUAUAGCCUGUUAUAUCCCUGUGCCUCCGCCCAAGCUUCCCGAUAAUCCGGAGGGGAAGCCCGAACAAUCAACCUUUGCCAUUUCCAUCACCCUCCUAAACCCCGGACAGGAUGUGCCGUAUUCCACCCCGAAGCCGUCGUCCGAUAACCCCGCUCCCAAGCCCAAGGUUGUGGGUGGUCUCCCCAGCCAGACGGAGCAACGAGGACAGUACACCAGCAUGGUCACUCCGUACCAGGCCCUGACAAACUCCCCGAAUGAGACCGUGGCUGCGUACAUCUACUUCGAUGGCCGGCAGAAGGAGGAAGUGGCUACUCUGCUCCGGAGAGGGGAGGAAACCUGGGUGAACUCUCGAUGGGUCAGCGUGCCCGAUUCGGAGGGUGGUGGACUCGCGGAACGAGAGUUCCUCUUCCGUGAGGUCGGGCUCGAGAGGUGGCUGAACGGGUUGGACUUGGAGGGCAAUGACACAGCGGCAAAGAUCGAACGGCGACGGCAGAAGAUGGAAAAACGCCGGGCGAAACGCGACCAGGCAGACGGGAUCGAUGACCUGCAUAUGGACGGUAAACCCGAAAAGGGCGACAAGGGGAUCAUGCGAUACGGCAAUGAUUCUAAAUCUCCUUUGGAGGAUGUGUCGGAUGAUGACAUGUCGUUCCCUGAUUCCGAUGAUGACCCGAUCCCCGAGUCUGCUGGCCAGAUCAAGGUUGCACUCUUCCGUGUUCUGGCCUCAGGGGAAAUCAAGCGUGGGGAGUACUCUCCGCAGUUUGAUGCCCACGAGGAUGAUGAAGAGGGCGGACAAGGCAAUGGCGAUGAGGACAUCGACCACACGACCAGCUUUGCGAAGCCAAAGACACUGGAUCCUAAGACUAUCAGCACGCAAACCGUCACCGGAAUUGAUCCAUCCGAUAAGCCGUACGCCAUCUUCACUUUUAUGUACCGAGGACAGCGACAAUUACAAAAGAUGGGAAUAUUGAAGGACCCCAAAGCCCAGGAGACUCCUGCCUCGAUCAAACGCCGAUCAUUGCAGCCGGACUUUUCUAAUCUCGGACCUUUGAAACCCGGAGGAACCGUAGGGUUCUUGAAUUUCCGAGACAACACGGAGAGCCGAAGGAAAAACAGCAAGAAUAAAGACAUGGCCAAUGAUGAUGAUGAUGAUGACGACGACAUGGAUAGUGACGAUGGCGAUGAUAACCGGAUUCUAAACCAGGCGGACGACGAAGAAGCCAAGGAAGAUGAUCAACAUCUGUCUCCGGACGAUAUCAGACGACAAGGCGAGCUGGCAGAGGGCGUGCGCAAGAUCAAGCUCAAACGUCAACACUCAUCCGCAUCCCUCGGAGCGAAUAGUUCCCGACGAGGCACAGCAAGCCCUCAUACCUCCGGACCUACCCCGAGCUCCUCCAGUAUUUCCACGACUCCUCCUGCAGCAGCCGCAGUAACUGCAGCGACUGCAGUGCCACCAGCUCCCAUCAGUGCAACCGAACCCGCACAGCUCGCCCAACCUGCCCCGAACACUUUGAACGGAGAAUUUAUUGGGAGCCCGUUGAAGAAGCAGCGCCCAAGCGUGUCGCAGGCGGACGAGUCUGCUUUUCGACGACGGAUGGAAUCGGGAAUUUCGCAGCAGAUUAGCGGGGUCCUGGGGAGUGGCAGUGGCAGUGGCAGUGGCAGCGAUAACGAUGGGGGUCCAGGCAGUUCCAAAGCUCCAAUGGCCCCGAGCACGCUCGGGGAGAGCUUCCAGUCCCCCAAGUCAAUUGCUCUUCCGGACCAUGAGGAUGAGGAGUUGGUUAUAACAAUGCCUUUGACACGAUCUUUAGAUCCCCUGGUGUGGAUUGACUGUGAGAUGACCGGUCUCUCCCCCGAAACUGACCAGAUCCUCCAAAUCUGCUGUUACAUUACCAACGCCCAGCUGGAGCUCCUCGACGCGGCCGGCUUCGAAACCGUUAUUCACCACCCGAAAUCAACGCUCGACCAGAUGUCAGAGUGGUGUAUCACAACCCACGGCCGCACGGGACUGACAGCUGCAGUGUUGGCGUCGACCGUGACACCGGAGACGGCAGCGGCCGAGCUCCUAGCGUACAUCCAGCGAUUUGUGCCACAGCCCAGGACAGCACUGCUCGCUGGGAACAGCGUGCAUGCUGAUAAGGCGUUUUUGGCGAGGGGACCCUAUGCGAAAGUGCUGGAGUGGCUACACUAUCGAAUUGUGGAUGUGAGUACGAUUAAAGAGGUGGUGAGAAGGUGGGGGGCGGAAGAGAUGUUGGGCGCCGCGCCAGAGAAGAAAGAGGUGCAUUUGGCCCGGGAGGAUAUUCUGGAGAGCAUUGAAGAGAUGCGAUUUUAUCGACGGAGAUUGUUUUGA